UACAGGGAGAAGAGAAUGACUGUUGAGGACGAGAUGUCUUCUUCUCCUCGCCACUGCCGCUGCCUGCUACUGCUCUUCUGGAUCCUGCUGGUUCAGUUUCCUCAGACUCAGUCCAGACCGGCCACCGAGGACACUGACACGGACACCGCGUUGGCGCCUCAGUGGGUAACGCCGGAAAAGAUGGAGAAGCGGUCCCUCGCCAUUCCUGCCGCAAGGACCGUAAAGUUUCGGUGCCAAGCGUCAGGAAACCCCGUCCCCUCCCUGCGCUGGUACAAGAACGGCAAAGAUGUCAGGAAGGAUCAGAGGAUCGGAGGGUUCAAGAUCAGAGACCACACGUGGACUCUCAUCAUGGAGUCAGUGGUCCCGUCUGAUAAAGGCAACUACACCUGUGUGGUGGAGAAUGAAUACGGGAGCCUGAAACACACCUAUCAGCUGGAUGUCGUAGAUCGCCCUCCUCACAGACCCAUCCUGCAGGCGGGUCAGCCGGCCAAUCAGACGGCCGUGGUCGGCAGUAAUGUGGAGUUCAUGUGUCGAGUGUUCAGUGACGCGCAGCCUCACAUCCAGUGGCUCAAACACAUCACCGUCAACGGCAGCCGGUACGGACCAGAUGGACACCCGUACGUCCGCGUGCUGAAGACUGCAGGUUUGAACAUGACGGAUAAAGAAAUGGAAGUUUUGACUCUGAAGAACGUGACGCUGGAGGAUUCAGGAGAGUACACCUGCCUGGCCGGAAACUCUGUCGGGUUUUCGCAUCACUCGGCCUGGCUCACUGUGAUCGACGCUGACGCAAAUCAGAGGAAAGAGGAAUCCUCAAACAAAUGCGACAAAAAGCUCCAACAGCACUCUCCUGAAAGACUCAUCCUGCAGACGGAUCUGCCGGCCAACCAGACGUUGGCACCAGCCGUGGCUGGCAGUAACGUGGAGCAGGAUGUCCUAGAUCGCUCUCCUCACAGACCCAUCCUGCAGGCGGGUCUGCCGGCCAAUCAGACGGCCGUGGUCGGCAGUAAUGUGGAGUUUGUGUGUCAAGCAUUCAGUGACCCACAGCCUCACAUCCAGUGGCUCAAACACAUCACCAUCAACGGCAGCCGGGUCGGACCGGAUGGACACCCGUACGUCCGCGUGCUGAAGACUGGAGGUUUGAACACGACGGAUAAAGAAAUGGAAGUUUUGACUCUGAAGAACGUGACGCUGGAGGAUUCGGGAGAGUACACCUGCCUGGCCGGAAACUCCGUCGGGUUUUCGUAUCACUCGGCCUGGCUCACUGUGAUCGACGCUGACGCAAAUCAGAAGAAAGAGGAAUCCUCAAACAAAUGCGACAGAAAGCUCCAACAGCACUCUCCUGAAAGACUCAUCCUGCAGACGGAUCUGCCGGCCAACCAGAUGUUGGCACCAGCCGUGGCUGGCAGUAACGUGGAGCGGGAUGUCCUAGCGUUGGCGCCUCAGUGGGUAACGCCGGAGAAGAUGGAGAAGCGGUCCCUCGUCAUUCCUGCCAGCAAGACCAUAAAGUUUCGGUGCCAAGCGUCAGGAAACCCCGUCCCCUCCCUGCGCUGGUACAAGAAUGGCAAAGAGUUCAGGAAGGAUCAGAGGAUCGGAGGGUUCAAGAUCAGAGACCACAUGUGGACUCUCAUCAUGGAGUCAGUGGUCCUGUCUGAUAAAGGCAACUACACCUGUGUGGUGGAGAAUGAAUACGGGAGCCUGAAACACACCUAUCAGCUGGAUGUCGUAGAGCACUCUCCUCACAGACCCAUCCUGCAGGCGGGUCUGCCGGCCAACCAGACGGCCGUGGUGGGCAGUAAUGUGGAGUUCGUGUGUCGAGUGUUUAGCCAUCCGCAGCCUCACAUCCAGUGGCUCAAACACAUCACUGUAAACGGCAGCCGGGUCGGACCGGACGGACACCCGUACGUCCGUGUGCUGAAGACUGCAGGUUUGAACACAACGGAUAAAGAAACCGACGUUUUGACUCUGAGGAACGUAACGCUGGAGGAUUCAGGAGAGUACACCUGCCUGGCCGGAAACUCUAUCGGCUUCUCGUAUCACUCCGCCUGGCUCGCUGUGGUCAAUGACCCGCCUCCCGCCCCGCUGCCCUCACAGACUUACUUGGAAAUCUUCAUCUACUGUCUGGGCUUCUUCAUCAUCAUCAUCCUCACCGCCACCGCCAUCAUCUGCAGACUCUGCUGCACUCCGAAGAAGAGCGACUUCCAUAGCCAGCUAGCCGUGCAGAAACUAGCCAAAAGCAUUCCUCUGAGGAGACAGGUGUCAGUCGAGUCGUCGUCCUCGCUGCAGUCCAGGAUGUGUCUGAUGCGUCAGUCUCGUCUCUCCAGUGGCGGCGCCACCAUCCUGGCAGGAGUGUCGGAGUACGAGCUGCCCUACGAUCCUCUGUGGGAGCUGCCGAGAGACAGGCUGACUUUGGGGAAACCUCUUGGAGAAGGCUGCUUCGGUCAGGUGAUGCUUGCCGAGGCCGUCGGCAUCGACAAAAACAAACCCACACGCCUCUCCAAGGUAGCCGUGAAGAUGCUUAAAGCGGACGCCACAGAGAAGGACCUGUCCGAUCUGAUCUCUGAGAUGGAGAUGAUGAAGAUGAUCGGCAAACACAAGAACAUCAUCAACCUGCUGGGCGCCUGCACGCAGGAAGGUCCUCUGUACGUGGUGGUGGAGUACGCCUCUCAGGGGAAUCUGAGGGAGUUCCUCCGCGCUCGCCGACCUGCCGGGUUGGAGUACUGGAGCGGCCCGAGGCAGGUGACUCAGGACAAUCUGGAGAUCAGAGAGCUUGUGUCUGCUGCGUACCAGGUGUCCAGAGGAAUGGCGUACCUGGCCUCCAAGAAGUGUAUUCACAGAGAUCUGGCGGCGAGGAACGUGCUGGUCACUGAAGAUAACGUGAUGAAGAUAGCCGACUUCGGUCUGGCCCGAGACAUCCACCACAUCGACUACUACAAGAAGACCACUAAUGGUCGACUGCCGGUGAAGUGGAUGGCGCCUGAAGCUUUAUUCGACCGAAUCUACACGCACCAAAGUGACGUUUGGUCGUUUGGAGUCUUACUUUGGGAAAUCUUCACGCUUGGCGGGUCUCCUUACCCCGGAGUCCCUGUGGAGGAGCUGUUCAAGCUGCUAAAGGAGGGACAUCGCAUGGAAAAACCCUCGGCCUGCACCCAGGAGCUCUACCUGAUGAUGAGAGACUGCUGGCACGCUGUCCCGUCUCGCAGACCAACUUUCCAACAGCUGGUAGAAGAUUUAGACCGCACGCUGUCUCUCAUGGCUAACCAGGAGUACCUGGACCUGGCCGUUCCUCUGGUCCAAUAUUCUCCCGUCGGCUCGUUGGCCUCUACAACAUACUCCACAUAAUCGCAGUGGGACGUUUUUUCC